AUGGCCGAUUCUAAAGCGCUCAACAUCACAGACAUCGACGUCGCUGACAAGCGUGUCCUCAUCCGUUGUGAUUUCAACGUACCACUUGACAAGAAGACUGGUGAGAUCACCAACCCAGCCAGAAUUGUCGGUGCCCUCCCAACUAUCAAAUACGCACAAGAGAAGGGUGCUAAGGCUGUCGUCCUCAUGUCACACAUGGGCAGACCAGACGGUCAACCAAACGCCAAGUACUCCCUCAAGAUCGUCGCAGAUGAAUUGGAGAAGCAACUCAACCAAAAGAUCAUCUUCACAAAUGACUGUGUUGGUCCUGAAGUAGAGAACACCGUCAACAGCGCACCAAAGGGCGCUAUCGUCUUGCUCGAGAACCUCCGUUUCCACAUUGAGGAAGAAGGUUCAAGAAAGGACGAACAAGGCAACAAGAUCAAGGCUGACCAAGCAGCCGUUGACUCAUUCCGUCAACAACUCACCAAGCUCGGUGAUGUCUACGUCAACGAUGCAUUCGGUACCGCCCACAGAGCUCACUCAUCUGUCUCAGGUAUCAAGCUCGACACCAGAGCAGCUGGUUUCCUCGUCAAGAAGGAACUUGAAUACUUUGCUAGAGUUUUGGAGGCUCCAGAGAGACCAUUCCUUGCUAUCCUUGGUGGUGCUAAGGUCUCAGACAAGAUCCAAUUGAUCGACAACAUGCUCGAAAAGGUCAACUCACUCAUCAUCUGUGGUGGUAUGGCUUACACCUUCAAGAAGGCUGAGGGUGUAUCCAUCGGUGACUCCCUCUUCGACAAAGCUGGUUUCGAAAAGGUCGAUGAAAUCAAGAAGAAGGCAGAAAAGCACAACGUUAAGCUCCUUAUCCCAACAGACUUCGUCAUCAGCCAAGAAUUCUCAAAUGACGGUGCCAACAAGGUCGUCACUGACAAGGAAGGUAUCCCAGACAAGUGGGAAGGUCUUGACAUUGGUCCAGCAUCCAGAGAAGCAUUCGCAGAGGAAAUCAAGAAGAGCAAGACUAUCCUCUGGAACGGUCCAGCAGGUGUCUUCGAAUUCCCAACCUACGCUAAGGGUUCAAAUGCCCUCCUUGAUGCAGCUGUCGAAGCUCAAAAGAACGGCACAAAUGUUAUCAUUGGUGGUGGUGAUACCGCAACUGUCGUCGCAAAGGCAGGUAAAGAAGAUGCACUCGCCCACGUCUCAACCGGUGGUGGUUCAUCCCUUGAAUUGCUCCAAGGUGAUGUCCUCCCAGGUGUUGAUUACCUUAGUGAAAGAAAGUAA